AAAAAACCUGGCUAUAACGUUCACCUUGGAUUUGCUUUCAGUGAUGGUCAUUUAGGUACCGAAAUAAACAAACUUAACAAUAACAGUAACUUAUCUAUUAGGUCUAGACUCAAAUAUAAAUUUGAUGUUCGUUGCAGAAAAAGAUGUGGAGGACUCGGACUACAAGCCAGACUCGACAAAUUGUGAGUGCUGCAAAAAGACAUUUAGCAACAGAGUCAACACCUCCUGUUAAAUCAACUGUUCCACCUCCUAUCCCUCCACAGUCUCAGCCACCAAAGACAAGUGGAUUUAGGUUAUUUAAAUUUCUAGGGUUCGGUCUUCCCAUAGCAGCAACAAGUUUACUAGGAUAUGUCUGGUAUGAUCCCAACUUUCGUAAGCAACUGGAAGCGAAUAUACCUUAUGCCAAAGAAUUAUUAGGAAAUAUAUUACCAGAAGAAAAAGAAGAAAAAACAAAAGACAGGGAUAAAACACCAGAUUUUCCAAUGGUUUUGGAAAAAGCUACAAAGCUGAAUGUUCAGGAAAAUCAGGUUCAAGUCUCACAGAGUGAAACAAAAAUGGGCUUGUUUGAAGUGUCUUGCACUGCACAGUGUAUAUCCAGUAAAUCAGAGAGCUUCAUGAAUGAUUCAGAUUCUUUUCAGAGAACAAAUUCCAAUACAAAUUCAGACCUUUAUGCUUCUUACAUUGCCCCUUCUGUUGAUAGAAAACAUGCAGAGUAUAGCCAAAGUAAAGAUAGUUUUGAAGCUAAACCUGCUGUUCAAACUCAGUCCUGUCAUGCUUUCCAACUUCAGCCUUUGAACAAACCAGAAAGUGAAACUGUAGAAGCUCCAUCAAUCAAAGAAACACCAGUAACAUUACCAGAAGAAAAGAAAAGCAAAAUAGAUCCAAGAGUAGUUGACGCACAGAUCAAGAAAAAAGAAGAUGACGAGAAGGCUGAUAAUGCUGCACUUGAGGUUGUGAUUCACAAGCUUAUGACCAACAGUCAAAACCUGACAGAAAUGGCAGUUCAAGCUCAGAGAGACUUAGCUUCUUCUAUUAGUAAUCAUACAAAGCUAUUAAAACAAGCCAUGGAUGAUUCAUCGGAUAUACUUGGAAAAGAUGCCCAAUGGGAAGCUGUUUCUAUAGCUCAUACAGAGAAAGAGCAGGCUAUGAUAAAAGCCAAUGAUUUGGCAGUAGAGUCUAAAAAAAGCAUAGAAAAACUUAGAGAAGUUUUAGCUGAAAGUAAGAAAAACCAAGUGACUAAACAAAAUCCAGCCAUUUUACCAGCCAGCAAAAAAGUCAGUAGCCUUUUGAGAGAGUUAAGUGAUGCCACUACUCAGGUAAGACAAGCUGAGGCUGAAUCUAAUGUCAUGCAAAAAUACAAAGAUUUGGUAGAAAAGGGUAAAAAACAAUUUCAGAAGGAACUUGAGAGCCUAUUGCCAGAUGUGAAAAUUGGCUCUGGUAAAAAAUUAACUGAGGAUGAGUUAAAUGCCCUCAUUGCCCAUGCACAUCGUAGAAUUGAGCAACUGCAGAAGCAGAUUGCAGAGCAGCUAGCUAUGGAAAGGCAAAGGCUGUCACUUGCGCUGGAGGCACAGCGCCAAGAAGAUUUGAAAAUUACUAAAGCGGCUGUUGCCGAGGAACACUUGCGUUUGCAGGAAGAAUUUGAUGUAGAAAAACAGAAAAUGGAAAUGGAGUAUCUCAUGAAAAUUGAGUCAGAAGUUAGGAAACAGUUAGCUAGACAGGCAGCUGCACAUAGUGACCAUCUCAAGGAUGUUUUGUCUGUACAGCAACAACAACUCAAUAAAGAGUUCAGCAGGGAACUGCAGACCAAGCUUUUAGAACAACGAGAAAAGUUCCAGUCUGAAGUGGUGGCUUGGAUUGGAAGACUGAAAGGAAUAGAGGCAGCGUUAGAAGCAAGAGCUGAUAGUGAAAAGUUGGCAAGGUUUGCCCAAAAUCUUUGGUUGGCCUGCAUUUCUCUCAAUUCAGCUAUCCAGUUUGGUGAUGACAAUAAUUCAGAAACAGUGCCUCUUCGAAAAAGGAUAGAGGCAAUUUUAAAUUCUUCUAAUAAACAUCCAUUUGUCAUGACAGUUGCAAAUACCAUACCCGUUCAGGCCUUGGACACAGGAAUCAGCACUGAAGAAAAGCUUCGACUUAGAUUUUUCAGAGUGUCUAAAAUCUGUAGAAGACUUGGUCUUAUCAGAGAGCCUAAUACAUCUUUGUACAAAUACCUUAUAUCUUACUUACACUCUAUGUUUGUGUUUGACAACAUCGUGGCCACCUCAGAGAAUGAUGUGAUAGAUUUAAGCUCGAUGGACAACUAUGCCCUGUUGGCCCAUGCCCAGUACUGGAUGGAGAGGGGAAAUCUUAACAUUGCUCUGCGCUUCAUGUGCCAGCUGACUGGGGAACCUAGGAGGGCUGCAAGUGAUUGGAUUAAUGAGGCCAGGCUACUCUUAGAGACAAGGCAGAGUGCACAUGCACUAACUGCUUAUGCAUCAGCCACAGGAUUAGCCCAUACCUUUUGAAACUUUAUAUAUGCAUAGAGUCUAAAAAUGUUAAGAAAAAUAGUCGUAUAGUUUUCUGAUCUUUUGCUGCAUUAUUUGUCAUGGUACAUUGAUCAUUUGUUUUUGUUUAUUAUAUUUAAAUUAGAAACUAAUUUAUUACCUGGAAGCACUAUAUUCUUAUAUAUUUUACAUAUCAAGAUUUGUAAAAUGUAUAAGCUUUCUUUCGACUUGUUUCUCUAAUUUCUUUCUGAUAGGUAUUGACGAUAGAACAAAUAGACACAGCUUUACUUAAAACUGUGAAAAUUAAGAAGGUAGAAAUACAUUUUGUUAUAUGGUGUUAGUAGUAACUUGUUUGCAUUUACUUGGUUGCUAGGUCAUAUAAGAGUAGAUUGUUUCAUUUGCAUGUAUUACAAUAUUGGUAAUGAUGUGUGAUUGAUUUAUGAUAUUGCUCCCAUAUACCAUACUUCAAAUUUAUUAGUAUUUAUUUAUUAGCAGACUAUUGGUAAAGUUUUGAGUUUUCCUGAUCUCAGUUAAACAACAAAACUUCAAUUUUAAAAUAUUGUAAUCAUUAAACUAAUAAAAAAAAAUAUAGGUUAUUAAAAUGCUUAUAAAAUAUAUUGUCUCUGACCUACUGUAAUGUACCAAAAUAUUUUUGUUUUGUUUUAGAAUUUCAUAUUUAAUAAAAUGCUUUCUGAUAUUUACAUACAUGUCAGAUGUUAAAUGUUAUUUAUUUUAUCAACAAAAUUAAAAACCUUGAUCAUAAUGCUUACCAAAUGUGUUUGCAUUUAUUUUAAUAAUUUUUAAAUCUGUAGCAGUGUUUCAAAAAUGUUCCUUAACUUUUCUGAGUAUUUUACUAGAGAUUAAUUCACAUUGUGGCCUACUAGUUAUUUUAAUUAUUCCAGUAGUUUUAGAGCACCAUUUGAAAAGCAAUAGAGAGAUCUAGUAUGUAAAUCAAAUCUUUUCAUAGAGAUUGCAGGUUAGACUUUUUAGAACAAGAGAAUAAAACAUGGCCUUUUUCAAACUCGACUUUACUGUUGUUGGUAUGGAUUGAUUUUAAAGUUCUAAUAAAAGUUGAUUACUGUUUUGUUUAUACUA